GGAAAGCAAGCUGUCACAGGUGCGAGCACAAUGCCGAAGGGGAAAGCGCUUGCCAACGGAGAGAGGAGAAGGAACGUGAAGAGCGGCCGAAGGAAGAAAGAUGUAGAGGGAGUGGAGACGGAGGAAGCAGACGAUAUCUCUGUCCACUCUGGCGGAGAAGAAGAAGAAGAUGGUGAGAGCAACGGAGGUGGUCGCAGCAAGAAGGGAAAGAGCAGCAGCAGAAGAAAGAGGAGAGAUGAAGAUGAGCGAGCGAAAGCAGAGGACGAGGAAGUGAGACAGGAGGAAAGCACAGGGGGAGCUUGCAAGGACCAUUUUUUUGCCGGCAAGAGCCUCUAUGAGGUUUUGGGUGUGGAUAAGACAGCGACUCUGGCGCAGAUCAGGAAGCAGUACCACCGCAUGGCAUUGCAGCUGCAUCCUGACAAGAAUCCGGGCGACGAGAGCGCAAAGCAGAACUUCCAAACGCUCCAGAAAGUGUUCUCAAUCCUCGGGGACGACGAGAAGAGGAAAAUUUAUGACGAGACAGGGAGUACUGAUGAUGCCGAGCUCUCUGGGGAGAAGUUCAGCAACCUGUACGAGUACUACCGUACAGUGUACCGCAAGGUAACGGAAGAUGACAUUGUUGCGUUUGAGAGGUCGUUCCGGGGAUCGGAUGAAGAGGCCGCCGAGGUUAAGGGGUGUUACGCGAGGUUCGAUGGGGACAUGGAGAAGGCCUUCCUGUACAUCAUAUGCUCGACAGAAGAGGUGGAUUCCCACAGGUUCAAGGAGAUUAUAGAUGCAGCGAUUGCAGCAGGGGAAUUGAAAUCCUACCCGCGGUAUCAGCGAUGGGCGAAGAAGGUGGCCAAGAAACCGCCUCCUAAGGAUCCCCUGGGUGCUGCGGAGGCAUCGAAGAAGGGCCGCGCAAAGGGUAAGGUGAAGGCGAAGGAGGAGGAGGAAGAUUCGGGAGCCCUAGUUGCCAUGAUUCAGAGUCGGGGGAAAGACAGGGAGAAGUCACUCUUGGAGUUGCUGGAGAAGAAGUAUGGAGCUGCUGGUCCAGGGAGGAAAGGUAAGGGAAAGGGGCCGAAUGACCGGAAUGGUGGGGGUGCGUUGAGCAAGAGGGGGAGGAGGGAGGCGGGUGAUGAGGAGCCCACAGAAGAGGAGUUUCUCAAGGCAAGAGCACGAGUUCUUAGGAAGGCAGCGGCGUCAUCGGCAGCUGAGGAAGAGGAUCAGAAUGCUGGAAAGAAACCAAAAAGGCGCAAGAAGAAUUGAGUUUCCUCGCUUCGUCGUGUCCAUGUGUCCAUCCAUCCAUCCAUCCAUAUUGAAUCGCCGAAGAGAGGAGGAUUAGAUUUUGCUAGAGUAGACGACGAUGUUUGGAACAAGACCUUAGCGCAUUGGAAGCAAUACUACUUGCGCGCGACGUGCGCAGGAGGGUAAUCGUGUACAUCUCAUUGGGUGUGGAAUAGGGUGAAAGCAAUUUGCCUGCUCCAGGGUAUAGAUGCCACGUUAGGAUCCCGUGGUCAAGCCAGGGAUUCUUUCUCGUUCUUGAAUAGUGCUACCUUUGCUGUUCCAAUUUUCCUGAGUACUUCCGUGGCUACUCCAUCUUUUUUUGUAUUAUAAUGUUAUUUAAAACUACCGUCUUCACCCGAAUAGAACGCCCGGUUAUUAUCGCUUUAUUUGGGGCACUUUUUUCAGUCCAGAUGCAGCGAUAAUCACCGGGCGUUCUAUUCGGGUAAGGACGGUAGUUAGUCUGUACCUCCAAGUCCGUAGUCUGAUGAGAGGCUUGGAUAUAUGCAUGCAUGUGUGUGCUGCACGCACAUGUGUGUGUGUGUGUGUGGGUGUGGGUGCUUGUGUGGGUGUGCAUGUGUGUGCUGCGCGCACAUGUGUGUGUGUGUGUGUGUGUGUGUGUGUGUGUGUGUGUGUGUGUGUGUGUGUGUGUGUGUGUGUGUGUGUGCAUCCUGGGUUAUUGGAUUGUGAGCACAUGUAUGAGUAGGAUUCUAGAUUGUGAGCAGAAGAACGUGGCUUUUGCGGGGAAGUUUGGAUGCUGACAUGCGUACCAUAGAGCGCAGCUGGGAGAUUGCAUUUGUCGGCAGUCAGACCUGCUUCUGAAAGAACUUUCACUAAUUGUGCUACGGUCGAACGCUUCUGACCAAUUGCUACAUACACACAAUACAGCUUUUCUUUCUCAGAGGCACCUUUUGCAUUGAUCUGCUUCUGAUUCAAUAUAGUAUCAUGGUGUUCGGCGGGAAGUUUUGAUUGAUGCCUGUAGGAGUUUUUUUCCUGGCGAUGUCAUCGUGAAGGUUCCUUGUAGAGAGGAUCUGCUGAUGGUGUAACAGAAACAAAGGGGACGUGGAAUGGCCGGAAUAUGACGAAAGAAGACCUUGGUUAUGUGCUCUUGCGAAUGAAUGUGUGUGGGUAGCAGCAGCACAAUGAGAGAGAAUUGGGAAUUGGAGUGACAAAGCAAGAGCUCAUCGUUGCCUCUUCUCCGUCUCAUAUUUCUUUUUUCUUUUUUUUUCUUUUUUUUUUUCAAUGAGAUAUAGAUACUGAUGCACUCUCUGAGCGUCUUUUCUAUGAAAUUAUGGCCAUGGAAUUGUGCUUUUAGAUGGAGAAAAGAAUUGCUGUAUUGUGUGGAAGGGAGAGCCAUUAUGUAACAGCAGGAAUCUGGCGGCGGAACCAGGGUGAAGAAGGCUCCCCCCUGCUCAGUCAAUCCCCUGGUGCCUAGGGCAAUCAAUGCUGGCAGGAUCC